AUGCCUGAGCGCUGGGUGGUUGCAUCAAUCAAAGCCCGACAACCUGAGAGGGUCAGGCCAGAGACCUCAAUUCAGGCCCACCGAUGGGUAACCGGGUCCGGCUGGACUGGACGGUUGGCAAAAAUGGGCUUGGCCUUGGAGACAGGCUGUGUCAGUCGGCUCGAGCAUACGAGGUCAAAUGGCCGUGGCGAGGUAUGGUUCCAGAAUCGUCGGGCCAAAUAUCGUAAGCAGGAGAAACAGUUGGCCAAGCAACAGCAGCAACACCAUCAACAGCAACAGCAGCAUCAUCAGCAACAACACCAGCAUAAUCAUGCUCAUCAUCAACAGCAGCAGCAGCAGCUGCAGCAACAGCAGCAGCAGCAACAACAGCAACAACAUCAACAACAACAGCAUCAAUUGCAACACCAUUUGCAGCAUCAUUUGCAUCACCAACUGCAGCAUCAACUCCAACACCCACAGGCCCACCACCUGCAGGGUCAUCCACAUCCACAUCUGCAUCAACAUCAACAUCAACAUCAACAUUUACAGCCCCAGUUACAGCCGCAGUUGCAAGCCCAACCGUCCCUGCACCAACUGCACCAGCACUCACAUGCGAUCCAGCAUUUGGGCCCGGCCCAUGUCGUCGGCCUCCCCUCGUCCCCUCAGCUCGUUUCUCCCAAUCAUCUUCAACUGCAGCAUCCGCCAGCACCACCAGCACAACAACCGUUGCCACCGCCAUCAGCGCCGUUGCUGGCGGCUUCGUCGGCUGCCCACCUGCACCCUUUGCAGCCGCUCCAGCACCACCAUCAGCCCCAACCGCAACUGGCACAACUACAGACGCACACGCCUGCCUACUCUUCGGCCCCUGAACAGGCACACCCUCAUGUACACCCCGUCCAUCUGCUGCCUCAACAGACGCCGCCGCCGCCCUACACACACCUCUACAACCAUCAGCAUCAGCAUCAGCACCAGCACCAGCACCAGCAUCUGCUGUCGCAACAGGCAUACCAGCCGGGCUACCAGACGCCGGCGUGUCUGGAGAGCCCGGCGCUCGGCCUCGGAGAGGCGGCCGGAGGCCAGCUCCAGACCGCCGCGUCGCCUCUGCCCGACUCUUUUUGUCCCGGAUUUAGCGGCGCAGCCGCCGGCCCGCCACCGCCGGCCUCGCCGCAACCGGCCCAUCUUGGCCUCGGCCUCGGCCUUGCCGACGCCCGACCGACGGGACGACUGGUCGCCGCCUCGGCGACCGGUUCGCCGUCGCCACGCGGCCUCGUGCCGCUGCCGUUGCCGCUGCCGCUGCCGCUCUCGUUGCCGCUGCCGCUGUCGCUGAUGCCGGCAGUGGGCUCGAGUGGCUCGCUCGCGGCGCCGGCCGACGUGGCUCGACUGCGAUUGGUCCGUCCUUACGAGGCGGUCUGCAGCACGGCCGGCCUCUCGCCGUCGGCCUCGUCGCCGCCGGGCCUCUUCGCCUCGCCGCCGCGCCUCGGCCGGCUUCUGCCGCACGCCGGCGCCACGUUCGGCCCCGCCUCGGCCAGAGACGCCGCGGAGUCCGGCCAGCCGGACGCUCCCCACCAGUCGCCUCUACUCGAGACAACCAUCUCGCUCUCCUCUCCCUCCCCCUCCUCCUCCUCCUCCUCCUCCUCCUCAUCUUCUUCCUCCUCCUCCUCCUCUUCUGCCUGUCCCCUCGUCUUGCUCGCCUCGGAUGGCCCAGAGCGGCCGUCUGACCGUCUCGUCUUCACGUCCGGCCCGAUCGUCUUGAAGCCGGACCACUCGAUCGUGUCCGGCCGGCCGGACACCGGUCCCCCCGAGCUGCCGGCCAACGCCACGCGUCCGCUGGCUCUGCCGUUGCCCUUCAACCUGCACCAACCGCCUCACCACCAUCCCCUCCACCCACAGCAACAACAACAACAGGCCCACGUGCCGUUGGACCCGGUCGUCGGGCGAUCCGGUCUCGCCGGCGACGCCUACUGCUACCGUCUGGAGGCGCCGAGGCGUCGAGUCGACACGGACUGGCCGCCCGUCGGUUGGCCAGACGAGUCGGGGCGUCUGCAUCUGCCCGAGGCCGAGGGGCUCGCCCCCCCCACCGGUCUUGGCGCCGCCCACCCGGCCAGAUACUCCGCAUUGGCCGAGGAGGCUGAGGCGACAGGCGGCAGCGUCGGUCUCCGAUUGGCCAAUCGAGGCGAGGCGGCACUCUCGCCUCGACCUCUCGUCCGGCCAGCGGGACAGGCGACGGCGAGCAGCGCUUCCGGCCUGGCCACCCUCAGCCUCACUCCCACUCCCACCCCCCUCGCCGGCCCCAGCAACAGCAGUACCACGAGUACCUCCAGCAUCCCCACCACCGCCACGGCCGCCUUCGCCAAGGCUAGAUUGGCCACCUUCUCCUCCCCCUCCGCCGCCUCCCUCUCGUCUUCCUCCUCCUCCUCUUCCUCGGCCUCGCCCAUCUGCUCCUGCUCCUCUUCGCCCUCGCUCUGCUCCGCACUCUCUUCCGCGUCUGGGGAGCCUCAAGAGGCGGCCGUCUAUUCGACCGGCCGGCAGACCGUUUUCUCGCACGACUCCGGCCACGAUGGCACCAGCAACCCUGGCGCCAGAAACGUCUACGUCGAGGCGGCGAUGGUCGGGCCUGACGACGAGGCCGAGUUUGCCGGAGACGGCAAGACGAACGUCAGGCAGCCGGUUGGACUUGGCGAGAUGCCAAACAACAUACGCCUGCCACACACUUCCGUGAUGGCAGCAACUGUCGUCAGCCAGUAUCCAAACCUGGUGUGUCUCCGAAUAUUGUCUCUUCCCCUAAAUCUGUAUUCAAUCUUAUUCGCUUGGAGUGAUCAAGCUGACGGAAUAAAGUUUUUUCUCAAAAUGUUGUAA